AUGUCAACAGCUUCAAGUUUACUCAAUAAUAAUGCUUUACAACAGUUUGUUAAUUUACGAUUACAAGAAAUGUUGGAUGAUUUUGAUAAAGAAUUUGACACAUUAUAUACAGUUCGUCGCCACAAUAGUAACAUCCAUACAAUGAGACAUGUCCAUUUAUCGUUAAAACGUCAAGCACCAUUAUAUGAAUACACAACAUUUUUUUUCGAAAACUUGAAUAAAAUAUUAAAAUCAUUAGCACAUGGUACUGUAGAACAUCCAAAGCAAUUGAUAUCGAGUAUUGAAUUAUUUCGAAGUGCAUUAUUUCACAUACAAACACCAUCUUAUCCGUUGUUAUUACUUUCAUACGUUAAAGAUUUAUUAGAUGAAAAAACAAAAGCAUCAACCGCAACAUCAUUGUUGACACCAGCCGUAAAAUGUUAUCGUCGAUAUGAACCAUUUUUUUCAGACAUAAUUGAGCCAACAGGAUUCUUGAGAGUUGGUUUAGGCUUACUCGGCAAUGGAUGA